GUCGUAUUCCGACCCGGUAGGCGGGAAAAUGUAAUAGCUGGAGUUGCUGUUUAGCUGGGUUGAUACGGUCCCACUCCGACGGCAGCGUAUGGCAGGCGGUUUUAUAUGUCGAGUACAAGGCUUGAUUCUGCUCUCUGGAUUAUUUAUGCAUGACAGUUCUACAUCUAUUGUUCAGGACGAAGUCAGUGGGUAUUUCCUCUGCGUACCUAACCGGUUUCGUUAAAGUAUGUCGAUCUCUAGACAUCCGUCUUCCGGAUACUUUCAAGCAGUCGAUCAACUGCACAGUAGUGGAGGGUGAUCUGAUUAUAUCAUUCAUUCGGUUGCCUACGGACGCAUCCCUUCCGUACGUUCGUGAAAUCACUGGCUCCUUAUUAAUUUACGAUGUUCAUGGCCUGGACAGCUUGGCACAACUACUACCCCGCUUGGUUUUGAUCCGCGGACAGAAUCUAAUCGACCGUUAUGCGAUGGUGUUAAAAAGUACCAGCCUGAAAGACGCUGCUCUCCCCUCUCUCCGUCUCAUCCACCGAGGCGCUGUUCGGUUGGAAGGCAAUCCUGAUUUGUGCCAUGUGCACACAGUAAACUGGGUGGCGUUGUCCGGCUACCGUUCGGAUGCUGAAAGUAUCUUAAAGGUCAAUAUGAAUGGUGCCAGUUGCGCCGAUCGGUGUCCUGCUCAGUGUUUAUCGGUACCAAUCACUACAGGGCCAGCAAAUUUCCAGCAAAGAACUCCGUACACAAACGUUCUUUGUUGGUCUUCAAGCAUUUGCCAGUCAAUUUGCUCGGAUCAUUGUACUGAACAUAACCUGGCCUGUCGGAUACACGAUACGGAAAGAUGCUGUCAUCCGGAAUGUCUCGGAGGUUGCUACGAUGAUGGGCCACACAUGUGUGUCUCCUGUUCCCAUAUGCUGUAUGGUGGUUCCUGUGUCUCAGAGUGUCCUGAAGGAAUGCUACGUUACCUGAACCGCAGGUGCGUCACUCUUGAACAAUGUUUAUGGUCGAUCCCGAUGGCAGUUCAGUCCGAUUCCAUACUUAGCAUGAGCAAUUCAACUGAACCUGCAGAAUAUAAUGGGGUUCCCGAUUGGCACAGUUACGCUGUCUUCAAUCAACGCUGUGUCGAAAAUUGUCCCGUAGGCUACAUCAGACACAAUAUCACUGGCCAGUGCGAACCAUGUGAUGAGCGCUGCUUCCGGAAAAGCUGUCCCGAAUUCUUCAUCCAUACCUUGAAUGAUUUGGUCGCUCUCCAGGGCUGCUGGUCAGCCAAGGCAGUUUACAUGAGCAUCAGUGACGCCGAUUCAGAUCAGACAGCAGAGGCAUUGGCCCGUGGUUUUGCAACUCUUCGUGUAAUUGAGCAUAGCCUGAGAAUCGUUCGAUCCAACGCAAUCACGUCCUUGGAUUUUCUGGGCACCGUUGAACGGAUUGGGUCAAGUGUGACCGAGGUCAAUCACACGAUAACGUUAGAAGUCUCUGAGAAUGAGAACCUUAGAACCCUAUGGUCCCCGAAUGGGGGUUUCCCUCACGUGAUCAAUAGUUCGAACUAUGGCGCUGGUUUAGAGGUGUGGUCCCCGAGCUCAGUCCGUUUCACCCAAAAUAGUCGACUAUGCCCGGCAUCAGUCUUCCGUUUGUUUGACACUGGUGCCUUGGUACUCAUGCCUCACGGUCGUUCUCUCAGUGAGGCUGAACAGAACCUGAUCCGUGUCACUAACGGUGAACUUGUUUAUUGUAACAUUGCGACGUUCAGCCUGGAGCUAAAUGAUCUGACUUCUUCAAAUGUUCGCAUUCAAUGGCCGCAAGUUAAUUUUCAAUCUUCGGACACCGGCGCUCCAAACAUGCCCUUACAUACAGACACAGUUACACUCACGCUGCUCCAUCAGUGUCGUGUUCUGGAGGAUCAUCUGAACCUAGAGGGACACGAUAUUGACGAAUCACCUGGGUGUCGAAUAUUUCAAGUGUCGUGUGCGAUAUACACGGAUAGCAAGUGCUAUUACCAACUGAGUGGGCUUGAGGCAGCGACUUCCUACUCAGUACGCAUAGAGAUUCGAUACCCAUUGCUAAGAAACCGGCUUUACAGUGAACGUGUGCAAUUUACCACGGCUACAGCGAACCCCUCUGCUCCUCGCUACGCUUGGUUGGGCUUGAAUGGAGACGAUUCAUUGCGUCUCACUUGGAUGAACCCAUUGCAUCCGAAUGGUGUUGUUAGCCACUACCUGAUCUGGGUCAGGUUACUGUCACCUCAGAAGGUUAAUUUCACGUCGCACGACUUCUGCAUCAAAACUGGGAAAUUUGAUUGCAAACGUUUCAUCGCCAAUCGAGGUGACAUCAUCAGUACGUUAUUGUGGAGCGUAGGAGUGCGUAGCGGUGGGUUGGUGGUUGUGCACAACCACCACAAUAACGCACUGAUGAUGUCACCUCGAUUGGUGAUGAAACAACCUGACUGGAUCCUGAAUAGUCUGGGCGAAAUUUCCUCCAGGGUAGAACAGCAGCCAUCUCGCACGAAUCUGUCCAUUCCACCAACUUGCAGACAAUGCUUCUCGUAUUGCCGUUAUCUCAGUUUUCUUUCCGAUCUACCCAGUUCUGAAGACGUGUCCUCGUCGGAUGUUCCUUGGCCCUUCUCUGUUAGCCGCUGGACUCUGGAUGACAAGGAGGAGCUACUCCCUGUUUACGUUGGUAUGUUGAUAACAAUUCAUGCACAGCCCACUACCGAUUUCUUUCCUCGCAACACAGAAUUCGUUACAGUUUCUGCGGUUGAAGUGGUAUAUCACGUUGUCCUCGGUUUUAUAAAUGCUGUCCUUCGGUCCUUAGCACUUGCCUGUGGGCUACUAGGAUUCUUUUUUUGCCCAAGAAUCUGGCUGUCAGUUCCGAUAUAUUCUCGAAUUAAGUUCGCUCCACAACGACGCACUGACUGUCACCUCGAUUUCUCCUGUCUAGGCCUGGGCAAUCUGGCAGUAUCCCAGCCCUCUUGCUUUCUUCUGGUAACAUGGCAUCUAGGUACCGAAAGGGUGUUACAACUGAACGUGAAUUCGAAUGGUGAUUUGGAUCAUAGUGAAUUGGGUGACGUUGUUGGUCUUUUUGUCAUCUCCACAAACGAUGGAGCCAGAGAUACCGAGCACACUCAAUAUAUGCGGUCUUUACGGCCUUUCAGAAGAGUCGUCGUGGAGUUAUCUGCUUGUCAGACGCAAACAGCGAAGAGUGUCUCGAAUGCAGCCUGCCGUGCACCAGCUCCCUGGCUCAGUCUUCAACCAGGUGCUUUUUUGGAUAUCGAAAUGAACCGGACGCAUUGGUCAGACUGCGAGACCCAACUCUGUAGCCCACGUGUUACCCAUCUGUAUUUUUCAUGCUGUUCGGCGCUUGGGAUUAACAUGCUUGUAUUGGCAAGUGACUGGGACUGUGUCAUAUCGCCAAUUUCAGGCAGAAAAAAUCGUUCAGCUGUAGCGCGCUUUCGGUGCCUAACUGCCAUGCCACCCAAAGGAAGCACGAGGGCUGGGAUACUGCCAGGUUGUCCACGCCUAGACAGGGGAAGUCGAGAGGCAGAGGUCGGGUUCGAACCACGAACUUCUCGGUCAGUAAAUUCGCUCUCUAACUACUUCGGCCAUCUGAGCCCCAAUUUCAGGCACAGUUACUUUCUACACGGAACUUAUCCCUCAUUCCUUCAUCCGUCUGCUGAACCUAAUUCAGACGAUGCGGAUGAGAUCCCUGCCACGUCUAUCAGUUGUCAAUCAAGCACACCGAAUUCCGUGGAGAUCCUUUGGCGUGAACCGGAUAGGCCCAACGACUUGGUCCUCUAUUACGUUGUACGAUACCGUCCGACUGCAUAUCUUUUAACUUCAGAAGGGACAAGCUCCAGAAAAGUCGAAAACACCACCAUGAACCAGGUUCCUUGGAACAUGUGCAACACCACAAUCAAGUUGGAGGUGAGAGGGAUAUUUGUUAGCAACUCACAUCGCGCCCGCGCUGGUUUUGCCUUUCGGUGUUGUUUUAUGGAGCACAGAAUGUGUUUUGGAGAGCUACCGGAUCUUUCCACAAUUUCAGCUCAAACGGCAUGGCUGACCAAAUGCGUCUCUGUUGGUCAGUGGUCGGCAUUUCAGCAGAACGGGACCCACGAACGCAACGUGGGUGGAACCUUUCUUCGCGAACUUCCUUCUGGGAGUUAUCUUUUCCAAAUCCAAGCUUUUUCCGUCGCUGGUGUUGGACCCUGGAGUCCAAUGCGUAUUUUCACAAUUGAUGCUUAUUUGGACACUUCUUUGGGCGAAUGGUCGGCAAACCUUCCUGUUGGACUAGAUUCACCAGUUGUGUUUAAGUUGCAGAUGUCUGGCCGUAACGAAGCUCUAAAUGCUUGUUCGUUUUCCGUUUUGCCGGUCUAUAUUCUGCACACACACAAAAAAAAUCGUUCAGCUGUAGCGCCCUUUCGGUGCCUAGCUGUCAUGCCACGCGAAGGAAGCACGAGGGCUGGGAUACUGUCAGGUUGCCCAAGCCUAGACAGGGGAAGUCGAGUGGCGGAGGUCGGGUUCGAACCACGGGCCUUCCGGUCAGUAAAUUCGCGCUCUAACCACUUGAGCCAUCUCGCCCCCCACACACAACAGUUCAGGUAUGUGACCUUACAUGGUGCCUCUUUGUGUGUAUGGAAAAAGCGUUCAGCUGUAACACCCUUUUGGUGCCUAGCUGCCAUGCCACCCGAAGGAAGCACGAGGGCUGGGAUACUGCCAGAUUGCCCAAGCCUAGACAGGGGAAGUAGAGUGGCGGUCGGAUUCGAACCACGGACCUUCCGGUCAAUACACCUUACUGUUGUUGAACGGUUCACUACAUUAUAUGUUUAUCUACUCUACACAGCGCAUCAAAUCCUGAUCGUUGCGCUCAACUGUUUUCUGGCUGCGUUCUUGCUAACCGUCGGACUGAUUGCCAUCGGGUGCCACUUACGAAAAUGCUAUCUGCGUUCAACAACUUGGACUUCAAUCAACCCUGGCUAUAUUGACAUUUAUGACGUGACAGACGCUUGGGAAAUUGACAGAGGCAAUAUUGAUGUGUUGAACUGGAAGCAUCCUCUGGGGCACGGGAGCUUUGGAACGGUGUACCGUGGUGUAGUUCGAUGCCUUACAACCCCUGCUUCCACACUCCAUCCAGAUUCAACCAAUAUCCCAGUGGCCAUCAAGACCAUCAACAACACGACAACCUUAUUCGAUCAUCGCGAUUUCAUUACUGAAGCGUGUCAUAUGAAACAAUUUCAUUCCUACCACCUCGUUUGCCUUCUUGGAUUGGUGACCAGAACCGGAAAGAACGAACGUCUACCAGAUCAACAUUGUGACUUGUUUCGUGGCUUGAUUAGACGGAUCCGAUUAUUGAGUCGAUUUGGUCAGACUAGUUCAUCUGAUCCACCGUUGUGCCACCCAGAUAUCACAGUUUGCACAGACACUCCGGAUCAGUCGUCACUUGGCGAGGACAUCAAUGGUAGACCAGUGCGGCACCAAAUUAAUGCACACUGUGUCGCUCCGAACAGUCCGUUGGUAGUGAUGGAGUUGAUGGCUGAAGGCGACUUGGUCAAAUACCUACGCCACUUAGGUGACACCGGGUUGGGUUCCGUGGAACCCGCACAAGCCUACCUUUGGGCAACUCAAAUUGCAGAUGGGAUGGCCUAUUUGGCGGCGAAGAACUACGUUCAUCGUGAUUUGGCUGCCCGAAAUUGUUUGGUUAACGCUCGCCUCAUUGUGAAAAUCGGCGACUUUGGCCUCUGUCGUAACGUCUACGGGCAAUAUUAUUACCACAAAAAGACCUGUGGUCGCUUGCCAAUUCGUUGGAUGGCUCCUGAAUCACUACAGAAAGCCCGGUUCACCUCUCAGUCAGAUGUUUGGUCAUACGGUGUGGUCUUGUGGGAAGUCGCUACCAUGGCCUGUCUACCUUACCGUGGUAUGUCUCACGAACAAGUGAUCCGCUACACACUGGGAGGGAACACCCUAAUUACCAACACCGUGCCCGCUAACUGUCCUGGCCUGUUAUUGGCGCUUAUGGCUCGUUGUUGGGCAUAUGAUCCUGCAAAGAGGCCUACAUUCCUCCGGAUUUGUGAGCUUUUGUGCUCUAGGUUUGGUGAUGCACAAUUCCGGUCAUCAAGUUUCUACUACAAGGGCGAGAAGCGAUUAACUCACAACCCGAAUGAGCCAAUUCUUGAAGCCCCUGUCAAAUUGCUGGCAGGUUCAAAUGCUCAGUCGUCUGAUGAGACCGCCUGGACACUCGACAGUAUACUGGAUAGCGUGCCUUGCGGCAGUGUCAUUGAUGUGGAUGUCCAAGUGAAGAAUGAUCCCCUCUCCUCUAAUCUGGAGCAUAGCGAUCACUUCCUUCUGAAUAGUUCGGAAGCCCAAACGUUAUCACAACUUGUUGGACUGAUGUACUGUAACCUGUGUGGUCAAAACAAUCAUCGUCCGGACGCUGAUGGCGUCGAUUGUGUUCCGGCUACUCCAAACAUAGGAAUACCAAAACCCCACGGCAGUGAUCACGAGCUUCUCAUGAUUGUACUUUGUUUUUUUAUUCAACCGGCUUUGUAUAUCUAA